AUGAAGACGGUCGGCAUCGCAUAUGUAGCACUCGGCUAUUUGCAUAUGAAACGAGGAACGUUCCAAUGUUUUGAUUUUUACGAAGCCCUCGCUCGCUUUGUGUAUCGAGUUCCUUUCUUCGGUCGCGAAGGAGCGAUUUCCCGCUACUGGUGCGGUGGCCUUGAGCGAGCGCGCGCGCAGACCUUGAUUCGAGAAUAUGCUCAACUUGGUUUGGCGGCAACGUGCGCCCCGCUCGGCCACGCUACGGCGGAGCGGAGCGUUCAC